GGGCUCUUCAAAGGACUAAAAGCUAAAGGUGAGGAUGGAUUAAUUCAACAAGUCCUAGUCGUGCGCCCUGGUGAGUGCCGGACCCUGCUCCCCGCGAGGGGACCCAUGAGUGACCCUCACCACGAUCCCUGCCCUGGUGGAGCCCCCGUGCGGGAUACAGGAUCCGAAGAUGGCAGCGGAAGUUCCUCAGCGGCCUCAAAAGUGACUGGGCAGAGUGGGCACAGGCUCCCUCACUGGGUGAAGGAGGCGCAAAGAACGGGAAGAGCCAUCCCGGUAGCCCACCGGGUGUUCAGCUUCCCUUGGGCCCCCAGGCGGUUCAGGUCCGGGUCGGGGCCGGGGCGUUUCCGGGGGUUUCUGAUGCAGGCUAGGGGUAAGGUCGUCCUGGUUCCAGAAUCUCCCAACCUGCGGGUCUCCAAUGAGACCAACACGAUUCACCGCUCUAAUCUCUCCAGUUUUUCAAAGCCUUGCACACUUGUACUGUCCGGUGGGCUCUGAGGAUGGGAGGGUUGGGGAGUGUUUGGUGAGUGCACCCUUCCUAUAGCUCCCAGAAGAAAGUACACUACCUGUCUCUGUGGCACAAGCGGUUAGCGCGUUCGGCUGUUAAUCUAAAGGUUGGUGGUUAGAGCCCACUGAGGGACGCCUGCUCCAGAUUUUUUUUUUUUUUUUUUUUUCUGAGACAGAGUCUUGCUCUGUAGCCAGGCUGGAGUGCAGUGGCGCGAUCUCGGCUCACUGCCACCUCGGCCUCCCGGGUUCAAGCGAUUGCCCUGCCUCAGCCUCCCGAGUAGCUGAGAAUACAGGCACGCGCCACCGCGCCCGGCUAUUGUUUUGUAUUUUAGUAGAGACAGAGGUUUCACCUUAUUGGCUAGGAUGGUCUCGAUCAGCUGACCUCGUGAUCCGCCCCCCUUGGCCUCCCAAAGUGCUGGGAUUACAGGUGUGAGCCACCGCGCUGGGCCCUGCCGCCUGCUCCAGCUUUUAAAGCGUUCAUGCAUUAUCAAUCACUAGAUAAAUGGCGGAGAUUAUAUCUUCCCAGAGUCCUAAGCCACUACGGUUGUGUCUCUGUGGCACAAUCAGUUGUCGCAUCCAAAAGUCCUAGCUAACUUCUAUUUUUUGUAGAGAAAGAGUUUCAUUAUGUUGCCCAUGCUGGUCCCCAAACUCCUGGGCUCAGGAACCUCCGAGGUCUCCCAAAGUGCUAGCAUUACAGGCAUGAGCCACUGCACCGGGCCUUAUAUAAUGCUUCUAAUUUCAGCACAUUUAGCAAACUUAUCUUCUGUGGGAAAGGUACCAAAUCACAUUCCAAUUUAUUUCUCAACUCUAAUAAUGUCCCUUUCUUCAUUUACUUGCUGACACAACAAAUUUUCUCCCUUCCCCUACUUUUUGUUUUGAGACUAGGUGUCACUCUGUCACCCAAGAUGGAGUGC